CGGGAGCCCCGUUUUUCAUGGAAAACCGCGCCCGCGUCUGCGCAGAAAGUGCAUCCAUUAUUCGCGAUGAGGCCGGCUUAUUCGCCGUUCCGCGAGUCGCUGCAAGUGGAGUGCGCUUUUUCAAGUGUGGCGUAAAGAGCGGACGAUAGGUAAAUGGUAGCGUGAGUCGUAAAACGUGCGAGUUUACGUUCUUGUUAACAGUUUUGACGACGGAGUUAACUUGUGCUUGGAAUAUGGUUGAAGUUGGAUUCAUUGCAACUUCCAUAGUAUGACUAAUUCUCCCAGUUGAACUGCGUUAACUACUCGUAUAAACUCUGGUGGUCUCUUAAGUCAAAUCCAAUCGUGAGCCCGGAGUAUACUUCUUCAGUGAUAAGUCGUCUUGAAGGACUCGUUUAUGAGGUGAAGAAGAGUGAAAAUGUCACUGCAUCGAAAUCUUUCCAAGUGCGUAAAUGUGCCUCGUUUUCGGUAACAUGUUUCGGUCGAAGUUUUCAUAAAAAUGAAACAGAACCAAACAAUUUUGAAUAUGUUCUUAGAUGUGUUUGUAUGUGUAAUCGCUGUUUCUCUUCCGUUGAGCCAGCAAUGUGAAAGGAAUUCGACUAAUACGGCUAUCAAAAGCGUCAUAUCUCAACUCAGUGAACUGGAACAUCUGCUCAAAAACAACGUAACCUCUCGUGAGGACGAAUUGCCAUCAUUUGAUGUUGAUGCAGGUCGUGGGCAUAAAGAUCACGGGCUGCUGUACCUGAUCCCUCUAUUUGUGGGCACGAAGACGGCCGGUCUGACCGCGGCGGCGUUCACGGUGAUCAAACUGUUCAUCAUUCAAGCCUUCGUGUUCAGCAAGCUGGCCCUCUUGUCGUUGUCUUAUCUGGUGCUCAAGAAGCUCCUGCAGUACAAUUCCAUCCACGUGCACAAGAUGGUUUCAAGCCCGUCGAGUUCCUUCGGUCUCCACGACUACAUGCCCGGGCUCCAGCUGGACACUGCCGGAACAUCCACGGACCCCUUCCAUGCCCAGGAUCCGGCCCACUAUUCCACCAUACUUCAAUCUCCUGAUUCGCAGCAUCAGGCUUUCAUUGGGACAGCGCAUCAGGAAGAUUCAACGAACGGAUUCACGCCAUCAAGUGAGUUCACAGGAUUGGGUGCCCACGCAUCACCAGAUCUCCAGGGACAGUUCUCAAUCGCUUCGCAGAGCAAAGUUGUUCGGCCCAGCAAUGACACAAAUAAAGCCGAUGAUCGUAUUUUUAGAACGUAUCCAUCACUAGCGAGACGACGGGUAUUUUAUCCUGCAGGUGUUACGCAUUUUUCGGGAGCGCUGCGGCAACGGCUGACUCAUUAAAAAUGCAAUACUGCAUUGUAAAAAAAUUUCAAUCUAAUGUAUCUCAUUUUCAUAAAUCUCAGAUUAGAAUAAAGGAUAUUUGCACUCGUUUCGUUCAA